AUGUCUGCUACUAUUGCUGCUGCUACUGCUACUGCUACUGCUGCUGCUGCUGCUGCUGUCGCUACUGCUGUUGCUGCUGUGGCUGUUGGUGGUGCUGGUGCUGUUGCCGUUGCUGGUGUUCGUGUUGGUGCUGUGGAUAGAUGGAGUUGUCGGUGCCGGGGUGAGCGACUACGUACCAGGGAGUGGCCGCCAAAGGGCACUAGCACUCUGACGACUACUGACAUAAUUAUAACAACAACAAUUUCAACUGUCCACACACACACACACACUCACCAACACACACACACACCAACACACACACAAACACACACGAAAUUUUUUAUUUUUCAAUUUAUAUUUCAAUUUGGUUUUUUUUUGGCCUUAACUGGUCAGUUUUUUUUUUGCAAGCUAAGAAAAAACUUGAAAAAAAUGGAUGGAUAAAG